CAGCAGCAGCAACAUCAUCAUCAACAUUACCAUCACCAUUAUCAGCUUCUAUUUCUGAAACAAAGGAAGAAUCAACAGAAAUGGCUAUAAAUCAACAAAGAUCACCAGCAACAUUGAAUGGAAUAAAUCGCCAACGACGACGAUCAACGAAACAAAGAUCGGCUGCGGCAAAUUCUUCUUCAUCAACGACUAAUGAGUUGAUUGGUAAAGGAGGAAAAAAACAGACACGUGCAGGUGAAUCAACAACAACAACAACAACAGCAAAACAACAAGAAUCAUCAAAUGUUGUAAAAAUAUUGGAGAAAAUAUUUCCAAAAAUUAAUAAUGAUUAUUUAGAAAAAACUUUCGGUUAUUGUAAUGGUGAUAUAUUGAAAACUAUUGAUAUAUUGACUAAAGAAUCAUCUUCAUUGCCAUUGAAUCAAAUGGAUUCAUCAUUUGAUACUGAAAAUAUGAUUAAAAGAAUGAUGAUGACUACUACGACUACUGCUGCUGUUAAAAUAGCACCACCACCAUCAACAUCAUUACCAUUGAUUGAAACAGAUUUUAGUGAAAUACGUAAAAAAUUUGGUUUUAAUAAAAUGAAAAAACCAAAAAAUUCAUUUGUAAGACAUAAAGCUAAUUAUGAAAAAGCAGCAAUGAUACAUCAUGGUGGUCAUCAUCAUCCUCACCAGCAUUAUCAUCCACAGCAGCAGCAGCAGCAGAAAAUCUUACCACCAGAAACAUCAAAUAUUCAGAUUGACGCCAUUCUUGGUGGCCAGCAUGAAGAACAAUUUUUAUUCGAUAAUGGUACACAGAUAUCAUCAAUAAAACAACAACAACAACAAUCUUUAUCACCAACAACAACAACAACAACAAUUAAUCAACAACAAUUACAACAUCCAUUGAUUUCAAAUUUUAACCCCGAAUUAUAUUCAAGCGGAGCAAAUACAUUACCAUCAUCAUCAUCGUUUGGUAUUAUUAAUUCGGAUUUAUCGAUAUUUCAUCCACAACAAUCAUCAUCAUCAUCGUCAUCACCAGCAGCAGCAACAGCACAAGGAUCAUCCACAACAUCAAUAUCAACACAAUUACCAAUUAUAUCAUCAAAUAUGACAAGACAUUUAUUUGAUUCAUUGAUUGGUUAUCGUAGUUUGUUUGGUAAUGUUGUACCUUCGGGAUUUUUUCCACCACCACCAACAACAACAGCAUCGGCAUCGACACCGAAUUUAGCCACAUCACUUCAUGGUUUAUUACCGAAUAUUUUUGCAUCAACAACAUCUACAGCAACAACAACAAUGAUGACUGAUGAAAAUAUUCAACAAAGAAAUUCAAAUCAAAUUAAUAAAUCAUUUUUCGAUCAAAUACAAUUGGAUGAAUUGGCGGGAAAAAUUCCUCAUCAACAACACCAAAGAACAUCAUCAAUAAAUCAUCAAUUACAAAAUGCAUUAAAUAAUAUUUAUGCAACGACCAACGGGUUAAUUGCUAGUAAUAAUGGAUGGUAUAAUGGUAAUAUGAUGGGAAUGGGAACAACAUCAACGACAUUCGCAACCAAUAAUAAUAACAUAUCAAAAGACCACCAACAAUGAAAAUAACCGAAUGGGAUAUUAAUUUCUUUCAUCAUUUGUUUGUUUAACCCUUUGUUG